AUGGCGUUUGCUGGGGCAAAUGUCAGUUUGUCCAUAACGCAAAAACUGACGGAGCGCAUAGAUGAUCUGAAGCAGAGAAUCGCUGCUUGGGGAAAGCGGAUUCGGCGAUAUACCGAGAGGUCGACACGGUUCAACCAGAAUCGUCUCUUCCAGAGUAAUCAGAAGGGGCUCUAUGAAUCAUUGGAGCGACCAAUGGUAAGUGGAACGGGUCCAGCACCGAAUCAGGCCGACACUGUAGCAUUCUGGCGCGGCCUGUGGUCAGAGCCCGUAAACCACAGCGAGGGCCCUUGGACGGAAGUUGUAGCGAGUCAGUGUGCGGGUAUUACGCCCAUGGACCCCGUCAUCAUAACGCCGGAUGACGUAGCUGAGGCGGUCCGUAGGGCCCCGAACUGGAAAAGUCCCGACAGUUCCAAGAGGCUCUCAACCAGAAGUCGCUCCCAAGCCUCUUCACUACUGGGAUCACUCAUUUGGUUCCUAAAGACCAGGGUACCACAGACCCGAGCAAAUACCGCCCCAUCACGUGUCUACCGACCAUAUACAAGACACUAA